UCGUCAGCUGCAUCAGUCGUCAAGAUGAGGCUAACGAAUGAGCAGAAACAGUUCUACAAAGAGAACGGUUAUAUUCACUUGAAGAAAGUCAUAAAAGGCAAGCUGCUUGAGGACGUGUCCAGGGAGUACGACGAUUUGUUUUGGAGGAAAAAUGAAGACAAAACUGAGAGCUCCUGGGUCGGAACCGAGGAAACGCAUAGAGUCAGCAACAGUCCGUAUACCGUAAAAGGUAUCCACAAUCUACAAAUGAAUCAUGCUGUGUUCGGCAAGCUGUUGUAUGAUGAUGAUCUUCUAGAUGCUCUGGAAGACUGUAUGGGUACCAAGAACAUAGCGCUGCAUCACACCAAAGCCCAUUACAAACCACCGGAGAAAGGAGCAUCGUACCCAAUGCACCAGGACUACCCCUAUUUCCCAUACGAGAAGGAUUCAAUGACCGCUGCAUUCAUCCAUCUGGACGCUGCCAACCCUGAGAAUGGUGGGCUCUUUGUAUACCCAGGCUCACACAAGCUGGGUCCUUUGGAAGAUUUUGGUCCAAAGGAAGGCAGUGCUUUCCAUUAUGUUGACCAGACAAAGUUCCCAAUCGAGCGAGCGACUCCAGUGAUCGCGGAAGCCGGUGACGUGGUUAUCUUCUCCUACCUCCUCAUCCACGGCAGCACACCGAACACCUCCGACCGCCCACGGAGGAUGUUCCUAGCCCAGGUGUACGAUGCCCACGACAAGCCCAUCGGCGGGGAAAAAGCCCAGCCGGGUAAUGGUUGGUUGCUGAGAGGAGUUAAUCUGUACAGAGACGCCACUGUCAGUAAUAGAGCCAAUGAUUAACUUUAUAAGAUCUUCCAAAAGUCCUACCUUGCGGAGUAGUCUAGAGUCCAUAAAAUAAUAAUCUAUACAUUGUACUAUCAUAGAAGUUAAUUCCAAAGCGGAUGGGGGACCUACGUCGCGUUAUGUCAAACCAUUGACAUUGAAUUACCCCAACCAAACCAAAUAACGUUGGUCUGUCAACUGCCUAGGAAUCAAUUUCCACGAUGGUACAUCCAUCGAAAUACCAUACUAUGGAAUUAGCGAGCCAUGACAAUGAGCUGAUUGUAAGCUGUCUUUUUCACGCGAAUUAACUACAUAAUAAUAAUAAUACAUAA